AAAAGAUACAAUUACCUACGAAAUUGCGUAAAAUGAAAUAGAAAUUGCGUAUGAAAGACGCCCAAAAAGUCCCAUGCUUUCCGUUGGUCCAGGUUUUGGUACAGACCCCCUCCUGCGCCCGCGAGGGAUUGAAUUCCUGACCUCAACGCCCCUCGAGGCUCUCAUAAUAGAGAUAGAGGAAACCCAACGAGAGCUAAAGGGGCCCAGGAAGAAUUGAAGUCCUGGGAGGGCGAGCGGAGGGCUUUCUUUGAGAAGGAAGCGCGUCUGUAUCAUCAGCGGCUGAGAAGCGCGGAGGUAUACCGCGAAUACCAAGCUCUGUUAACCAGGCGGGAUCUCUGGGAGGCAGAGUUAACGCGCUUAAAGGAACUGCUGGGUAACAGGGCGAGUGAGUGAAGGCCCCCGCUUCUCUUCUUUCUUUUUUUAGUGAGGGCUUUCCGGACCUUCCCAACUACCUCUCCCGAUGGUCAUAAAAAAGCCCAAGUAAGCAAGUUCUUUCAGAACCUAAGGGCCCCUCUCUGAUAAGGAAGGAAACGACAUAAUCUCAAUUUUAUGACACGAUGGCUGUUCUCCACUAACCACAAGGAUAUAGGGACUCUAUUCAUCUUCGGUGCUAUUGCUGGAGUGAUGGGCACAUGCUUCUCAGUACUGAUUCGUAUGGAAUUAGCACGACCCGGCGAUCAAAUUCUUGGUGGGAAUCAUCAACUUUAUAAUGUUUUAAUAACGGCUCAUGCUUUUUUAAUGAUCUUUUUUAUGGUUAUGCCGGCGAUGAUAGGUGGAUUUGGUAAUUGGUUUGUUCCGAUUCUGAUAGGUGCACCUGACAUGGCAUUUCCACGAUUAAAUAAUAUUUCAUUCUGGUUGUUGCCACCAAGUCUCUUGCUCCUAUUAAGCUCAGCCUUAGUAGAAGUGGGUAGCGGGACUGGGUGGACGGUCUAUCCGCCCUUAAGUGGUAUUACCAGCCAUUCUGGGGGAGCUGUUGAUUUAGCAAUUUUUAGUCUUCAUCUAUCUGGUAUUUCAUCCAUUUUAGGUUCUAUCAAUUUUAUAACAACUAUCUUCAACAUGCGUGGACCUGGAAUGACUAUGCAUAGAUUACCCCUAUUUGUGUGGUCCGUUCUAGUGACAGCAUUCCUACUUUUAUUAUCACUUCCGGUACUGGCAGGGGCAAUUACCAUGUUAUUAACCGAUCGAAACUUUAAUACAACCUUUUUUGAUCCCGCUGGGGGGGGAGACCCCAUAUUAUACCAGCAUCUCUUUUGGUUUUUCGGUCAUCCAGAGGUGUAUAUUCUCAUUCUGCCUGGAUUCGGUAUCAUAAGUCAUAUCGUUUCGACUUUUUCGGGAAAACCGGUCUUCGGGUAUCUAGGCAUGGUUUAUGCCAUGAUCAGUAUAGGUGUUCUUGGAUUUCUUGUUUGGGCUCAUCAUAUGUUUACUGUGGGCUUAGACGUUGAUACCCGUGCCUACUUUACCGCAGCUACCAUGAUCAUAGCUGUCCCCACUGGAAUCAAAAUCUUUAGUUGGAUCGCUACCAUGUGGGGGGGUUCGAUACAAUACAAAACACCCAUGUUAUUUGCUGUAGGGUUCAUCUUUUUGUUCACCAUAGGAGGACUCACUGGAAUAGUCCUGGCAAAUUCUGGGCUAGACAUUGCUCUACAUGAUACUUAUUAUGUGGUUGCACAUUUCCAUUAUGUACUUUCUAUGGGAGCCGUUUUUGCUUUAUUUGCAGGAUUUUACUAUUGGGUGGGAAAAAUCUUUGGUCGGACAUACCCUGAAACUUUAGGUCAAAUCCAUUUUUGGAUCACUUUUUUCGGGGUUAAUCUGACCUUCUUUCCCAUGCAUUUCUUAGGGCUUUCGGGUAUGCCACGUCGCAUUCCAGAUUAUCCAGAUGCUUACGCUGGAUGGAAUGCCCUUAGCAGUUUUGGCUCUUAUAUAUCCGUAGUUGGGAUUUGUUGUUUCUUCGUGGUCGUAACAAUCACUUCAAGCAGUGGAAAUAACAAAAGAUGUGCUCCAAGUCCUUGGGCUGUUGAACAGAAUUCAACCACACUGGAAUGGAUGGUACAAAGUCCUCCAGCUUUUCAUACUUUUGGAGAACUUCCUGCUAUCAAGGAGACGAAAAGCUAUGUGAAGUAAAAGAAGAAAAGGUCGCCGACUGCUACUAAGAACCUAAGAGAACUUU